GUCUAUCCCUCGCACUCUUACAAUCGAUAAGUGCACUGACUAUUCCGAUUGUCAAUCGCAUCUGCAUCUGCAUCACAUCGCACCUCAUACAUCUCUACGUGGCUCGUCGCAUAUCACACUUUCCUCCACCUCAUAACAACCUUGCACAUCGCGUCCCAAAGCGAAACCCGAGACCAGGGUGCGGCAACCAAAUUCCAAGCCAUCGAUCGUUGCAUUCUCCGUCGUCCAACAUGGCUCGAGUGACCAGAUCUCGUAAAUUUGUCAUUGCAGAAGACGACACUGCUCUUGCAUCGCAAACCCCAUUGCCAAUCACGCCUGCGAAGCAACCCGGAGCGCUUCUGGAAGCAGACAUCCUCAUGGCAACAAAUACAAUUACGACGACGAUGGAUGAUGAUGCAGCGGCGGCAGAAGUCAAGGGUCUCAAGGCCGCAUACAAGAGCGCAUUAGGGGCGGGAAAGAAGCUUAAGAGAAGCACCAGGGGCAACAAGAGAAAGGACAAGCAGAAUGAUUCGGAGGCUACGCUGGUAGAAGAGCAGGGAUCGGGAGAUUUGGCUCUGGUUAGCCCUGUCCUACAGACAGACACCCCAUUGCUCCCAAGUUGCAAAGAAAUCGCGCCUUCUUCCGAAAAUCCUCAGAUUAUGGCUCCUCAGCCAGCCACGCGAAACACUCGACACCAAUCCGCGAAGGCACAAGCAGGUCAGUAUUCGUACAAUUUAUCAGAUUUGGUUGGCUCCCGCGACUGUUCCGUCGUUUCGCAGAAGCUUCGGGAUAUCGAUUUCAUUACCCUCUUUGGCGGUACAGGUUUGAAUCGGACAAGGAAGUGUUCUGCAUCUAGUCGGGAUCUAUCUUAUGGAUACAAAACUAAUGCAAUUGUAUCUUUAGCGAAGGAAGUUUGGUCAAGAUCUCACCACGGGAUUAAUAACGAUGCCACUGAUGGCACAGGUUUCGAUUCGACUGCAAAUGCCGAUACAAUUAGGGAAUCGACGGCACAAAAGAGCAAAAGCAGUCACACUCCAGCCGGAUCACCAGCCAAGACACUUGAAGAGGUGGAAAUAAUGUACGGCACGGUGGAGGAAGCAGUGCAAAACGAUGAGGCAGGCGAUGACUCCUUUGUGCAACAGAUUACUUGUCGAUCGCCAGCAAAACCCGUUUCACGAAUCGAAGAUUCUGUUGAAGCUCUUGACCAACUCGAAGAGGCUCUAGAGGCUCUGAACCAGGCAACACUGGCGGAAAGAAUGGUGUCACCAGAGAAGUCUAGACAGAAGGCGCGAAUGCCUUAUGGUUUCCUCGAGGGCCACAAGAUGGGAAAACAAGCAAGUGUUAAAGUCAUCGAAAAGCAGGCACCGGUGAAGACACAGCCCUCUAAAACUGGAUAUGCUACUGUACGGGUCAAAUCAGCACCGAAGCAAACCCCGACGCUCAAGAAGGCGGCAUCAAUGAACUUCAAACCCGCGACCAGCAAUCCAAGAUCGGCAACCGACCAGGCAAAGGUCCAGGCCACUGCGAAGGCGACGGUCAAGCGCCCCAUCAGCCUUCUUCCGCCAAAGGAGACGAUAAAAUCAACCAAGCCGCCAACACGCUCAACCUUUGAACUUCCAGGAGAAGCGGUGGCGGCGAAGCUGAAGGAGCAGAGGGAAGCACGACUUGCCCAGCGACAAUCUAGCGAGGAGAGCUUUCACACGGCUCUUCGUGCAGUUUCCGGUCCCAAGAUCAAAUCAAAUAAACCACCUACUAAACCAACCUUUGAGCUUCCUGGAGAAGAGCUGUCCCGGAGAAAGAAAGCAGCGCAUGAAGCACGCCUGAAAGCUCAGGAGGAGGAAGAACGUAAGCGCCGAGAGUUCAAAGCCAGGCCAGUUCGUAAUAGCGUUGCUCCAAACAUGGUUCCACGAGAAACAGUUGCCAGCCGAGCAAGACAGAGCAAAGUUGGUAUCGACAGUUUUGAAGAUGGUAAAUUAUCUGUCUCAAAGAGAGGCUCCAACGUGGGUGCCCACCGUCCAUCUAUGGCAGCGCUCAACCUCGCAAAUAUGUCAGCUCCUCGUGCAAAGGGCGCCUUCAUUCCGCCUGUCCGUAAGCCAUCGCCAAACAUGUCCGGCGUCGCUGCUGCUCCUCGCCCUGUUCAGCGAGCCGUAUCCGUUACCGAUUCAGACCUUCGAAAGCGCGCCAAGGAGAUUUACAACCGUGAUGCUCGACUUACGGAGGAGAUGGACAAAGAGAAGAGAGACAGAGAGGCUGCUGCCAAACGUGCAAGGGAAGAGGCUGCUGAGAGGGGCAGGCAAGCAAGCCGAGAGUGGGCGGAGAGACAAAUGGCAAAGAAGAUGGCAGAGGGUGACAGAGGCAUGAAUGCAGGAUAUGGCCCAGGUGGACAGAUGGGACUGAGCCAUAACUGAGCAGGUAUUGAGACUGAUUUGACAUUUCUUGGUGUUUCUUGAUUGAUUGUUGUUUCCAGGUCAAGAUCCUGGGUUUCUUUUGUACGACUGGCUUCGAGCGUAGCGUUAGGAGUUGCUCAUUUUUCAUACCCUUUUGCUCUCUCACAGGGAGGAGGUUCGCGGAAAUUUCGUUUCGGAAAUUUCGUAGGUGUUUGGGGCUUCGGGUGUUACUUUAUGCAACGGCGAAGGAUUACCGAGAUUGAGAUCGAGAUGGAGUUUAGUAUUUUCAGUGGUGCGAAAAGCAGUUGAUUACUCUCAGGUAGUGGUAGCCAUCGAACCAAACAGAAUUAAAA